AUCGCGCCCGCAAUUUGUUUUUCCUUCCUCUUCCCAUCAAACUACCUUCAUCUCGAUUCGGUCUAUCAACCAUCCCACUUCGUGUCCUGCCAUCGCAUCUACCCUCACAACUAGAUACACAAGGUCCAUCCCAGAUACAUUCACAAUGUCCACCGACUUCGAGACCCCCAGCAAGCCUCUCGCCAACGGCCUCUCCGGGAUUGAUCUCACGAAUGGAUCGACAACCUCUUCGGCCGCUCUGAACGCCAAGUUGCAGGCAUCGGCUGACGUCUCCAAGACGAGCAAGUCAGACGCUGAACCCGAGAAGACCGAGCCUGUUGAUGAGAAGGUUGCCGCCAUCGAGGCUCAAGAAUUGGAGGACUCGAGGAAGAAGUUUGUCGGCGAAGUAGACCUGCCGGAGAGCGAGGAGCCUCUUUUGAAGGAGUCCAAGAGUCGAUUCGUCUUGUUCCCUAUCAAGUACAGAGAGAUCUGGCAAAUGUACAAGAAGGCCGAAUCGUCCUUCUGGACUGCCGAAGAGAUCAACCUCGCUAUGGACUGCCACGACUGGGAGAACAAGCUGAACGACAACGAGCGAUACUUUAUCGAGCACGUCCUGGCCUUCUUUGCUGCCUCUGACGGUAUCGUCAACGAAAACUUGGUCGAACGUUUCAGUUCCGAGGUCCAAUGCGCCGAGGCCAAAUUCUUCUACGGUUUCCAGAUCAUGAUGGAGAACAUCCACUCCGAAACCUAUUCGCUGCUGAUCGACACCUACAUCAAGGACCCUGCUCGACGAACUUACCUCUUUGACGCCAUUGACACCAUCCCCUGCAUCGCCAAGAAGGCCGACUGGGCUUUGAAGUGGAUCUCGGACCGACGCAGCACCUUUGCCGAGAGGUUGAUUGCGUUUGCUGCCGUCGAGGGUAUCUUCUUCUCCGGGUCUUUCGCAUCCAUCUUCUGGCUCAAGAAGCGAGGUCUUAUGCCUGGUCUCACGUUCUCCAACGAGUUGAUCUCGCGUGACGAGGGUCUGCACACCGACUUUGCUUGCCUGCUCUUCACUCACCUUAAACGCCGCCCUCACCCCGACACUGUCGAGAAGAUCAUCCGAGAGGCUGUCGAGCUCGAGUGCGAGUUCUUGACCGAUGCUCUGCCCGUUUCGCUGAUCGGCAUGAACGAGAAGUUGAUGUGCCAAUACAUCCGCUUCGUUGCCGACCGAUUGCUCGUCGCUCUUGGAAACGAAAAGGUGUACAAUGACACCAACCCCUUCGACUUCAUGGAGAUGAUUUCUCUCCAGGGCAAGGCUAACUUCUUCGAGUCUCGUGUAUCAGCAUACUCGAAGAGUUCGGUCAACCAGAGUAUCGAUGCGGAUCACUCGGCAGUCAAGAAGGGAUUCACCAUGGACGACGACUUCUAGAGCACUCGCCAUAUUACUUUUGCUCUGCGCGUCGAUCGCGAUCUCUUCUACGUCUUGCCAUACCCUACUCUGCUACCCACUAGACUUCAGUUGUGCACUACUUCAUACUCAAUAGUUCAAUCUUGUAUCCAAAUUCUUGCAAGGCCCGGCCGCAUCGGCG